AUGUCAUGGAUCAAGGCGAUUGUUCCCCUCAGCUCACCAAGGCUCUCUCAAGCGGUCCACCGCGAGGAGUGCACCCAAUGCUUUGAUUCUCAGGACGGGCAGGGAGGGGUGGAUGUGUGCCUUACAUGUUUCAAUGGAGGAUGUGUGGAUCAGAAGAGGCGCCAUGCCACAAUUCACGCGAAGAAAUUUGGCCAUCCGUUGUCGUUGAAUAUCCAAAGACACGCAAAACCUAGAAGAGAUGAUCAAGAACCGCCGCUCAAGCGCAUAGCGAUACUGGAAGAGCGCGAAGAGGAUAAAUACACUUGGAGUACUACUCUCCGCUCGUGGAUAGAUGAUACAGAAAACGGUGUACUCAUUCCUGAAGCCUCUGAAAACAUAAAAGUGAAGUCCCUGAUUGACGGAAUCAUGUCUUCUAUGUCUUCCGCUCGUCAAUCCGAAGUCAAAGCCUGGGAAGAAGAAAUCGUAGCAUCCCAUUGUCUUUUAUGUGAGCUGACGGAGAAUUUGUGGUUAUGCUUAACCUGUGGUUCGUUGGGUUGUGGGAGACAGCAGUUUGGUGGACUGGGAGGCCAUGGACACGGGUUGAAGCAUUGGGAGGAAACAUCUCAUCCUGUCGCAGUCAAACUAGGGACGAUCACCGCUGAGGGGAAUGCAGACAUUUACUGCUAUGCAUGCAACGACUCCAAGCUGGACCCCGAAAUAGCGUUGCAUUUGUCAGCUUUCGGUAUUAACAUCCAAUCUCAGGUUAAGACGGAGAAAACUAUCACUGAAUUGCAAAUAGAGCAGAACUUGAAGUUUGACUUUAGCAUGACUGGAGAGGACGGAAAAUUUUUUGAGCCUUUGUUCGGGCCUGGCUUGACAGGACUCUCGAAUCUGGGCAACAGCUGCUACAUGGCUUCAACAGUUCAAACCCUGUUUUCACUUCCCUCCUUCCGCUCCCGAUAUUACAUUACUUCCGACUCUUCUACCCUAGAUUCAGCUGCACAGCAACACUUCCAGAAUUGCGCAUACGACUCUCCCGCAGAUUGCCUAGAAUGCCAAUUGUACAAGCUUGCUGAUGGUCUUCUCUCUGGGAGGUAUUCCCACCCGCGAAAAUCCCCUUCCUCUGCGCUCCCCGCGCAGAUAUCUGAGGCUCCGAUUCCGAAUUCGGAUGCUUCCAUCCCUGCAGGUGCUCUACAACCAGUCUUCCAGGAGGGAAUAAAGCCGGCCAUGUUCAAAGCCCUUAUAGGGAAAGGGCAUUCUGAGUUCUCCACGAUGCGUCAACAAGAUUCAGAAGAAUUUCUUACGCAUCUCAUUAAGGUCCUUCGCCAAGGCUAUAAGAAAAGAGGGCACGCUCAGGAUCCUACCGAAGUUUUCAAUUAUGGAAUGGAGCAGCGACUCCAAUGUGGGGACUGCAAAAGGGUGAGCUAUCGGGUGGAUGAACAUGACGUCGUGAGCGUGGCCGUACCAGCAAGAGAAAAGAAAGCUGUCGGGGAAGAGGCAGCGAACGUUCAAUACGAGGAUGUGUUGUUUGAGGAGUGUCUGAACCUUUUGACCGCUACCGAAGCACUGGAGUGGAGAUGUCCUGCUUGUUCGAAGAAUGUGAUCGCUAAUAAAAAGAGUAGCUUUGCAACUUUUCCCCAAGUACUGGUCGUGCACGCGAAGAAAUUUCAACUCGUCAACUGGGUGCCUCAGAAAUUAGCCAUUCCCGUUCAACUCCCAUCAUCGGGGAACAUCACGCUGGACAAGUAUCUCGGGCAUGGAAUUCAGCCGGGAGAGGAGCCUCUUCCCAAAGGUGAACAAAAAGCUUAUCGGUCUUCCCAUCGAAAAUACGCUUCGACUGAGCCUCCACCAAUGCAUGCAGAAUCAUCUUCAGGUGCGACUACCAACCAGCCAACAUACAAUGAAGGGGCGCUGUCUAUGCUCGAAUCGAUGGGCUUCCCACUUAUUAGAUGCCAAAAGGCGUUGUUAGCGACGGGGAAUCAGGAUGGAGAGGCCGCAAUGGAAUGGCUCUUUGCACAUAUGGACGAUCCCGACAUUGAUGAUCCGAUACCAGUUCAGAGCAGUGGGGGCGGUGCGAGCGGUCCUGAACCAGCCCCCGAGUCAAUUGCUUUGAUCGCAGACAUGGGUUUCACAGAGAAGCAGGCGCGAAAAGCUUUGAGGGAAACGGGUGGAAGCACCGAACGAGCGAUCGACUGGCUGUUCAGUCACCCUGAUGACACAGGCGAAGAUUCAACACCACUCGGUGGUGCUGAUGUGACUUCUAGCACGAAGAACGUUCCGGGAGGCACUGUUGAUCUUCCAGCAAAUUACCGACUGAAAGCGUUCAUUUCCCACAAGGGUCCUUCCGUUCACUCUGGGCAUUACGUGGCCCAUAUUCGUGAACCAGGACUUGGUGCGGCAGAUGGAGACUCUUGGGUGUUGUUCAACGACGAGAAAGUAGUCAAAGCUGACGAGGAGAGUGUCAAAUCUUUGAUGCCAUUAGCUUAUCUCUACUUUUUUGAAAGGUUGUAA